AUGCCUCCAAGAAAGAAUACCAUAAGCAACACUGUGGCCUCCCAAGAAGAGUUAAACCACGGUGACUCGACGUCAAGAGGGAACAGAUCCCGUGAAGAGGAGAGACCAACAAAUGGAGAAGAGUACACACUCCCAGAGCUCAUCGCAGCCAUCCAUGCUAUGAGUAAAUCACAGAGAGAAAUCAUUGAAACGAUGAAAGAGUUGAAAAACUCUGUUUCCAAUCAGAAUGACAAAAAUGAAGAGCAACGCGAAAAGACGCCGUUAGAAAACUCAGCUGAUGCCGGAAGAGGAUCUGAGCAAAAGGAAGCAUCUUUGUCACCCAUGAAGAUGAAAGGAAGUCCAAAGGAGCACAUCAGUCGCUUCGUUGAUGCUUUGGGACCUUAUGCUGGUGAUUAUAACUUACGUGUUCGAGAAUUUUCGAAGAGUCUCACAAACCGUGCCUAUACUUGGUAUACUACUUUGGCGCCGGGCUCUAUUUGCUCAUGGGAAGACUUGGCAAGCAGGUUCUAUAGAAAAUAUUUCCAGCAUGAGGAACGAGUAACUACGACCCAACUCAAUAACACUCGCCAAAAGCCUGGAGAAAACUCUAUGGACUUUGUUCGUCGAUUUCGUGAUUUAGCUCUUGAUUGUUAUGAUGAAAAAGAUGAAGAGGCGCUUGUUGAGAUUUUCAUAAGUAACAUUGUACCAGAAUACAGGGUAUAUCUUGAGAACAUUGGAAUCAACUAG